AUGGAUCAGGCUCUGGGUUUAGGCCUCAACGGGGUCAACCUCGCCAUCACACACCAGGACAAGGUUAUCGAUCCUCUCCACCGCAGAUACAAGAAGAUGCGUGGCAGAGUCCCUCAGCCCGAUCCCGAUCUCAUGGACAGAAGAACAAUGGAAGAGAAGGGCCUCGUCCUACGCCGUCGGCGCGAUGUCGCCUCAGACGAAGAGAUUGUGGAAGUGGUGAGGCACAAGGGAGACAUUCUACCCCGACGGCCUGGUCGGUCUGGACAGCGCCAGAGAGCCAGCUCCAUGCACAGCGGUCGGGAUAUUGGUGCAGGCGCCGCCGCCGGUGCGGGCGCAGGUGCGCUUGUUGCCCACCGUGGCCGAGGUCAAGACAGAGACAAUUACUAUGACUCUGAAGGCUCCGUGCCUCCACGAUCACGCGUGCGAGCAAAGUCGUCGUCAGGUCGCUCCCGCCGCCGUCGAAGCUCCUCAAGCUCUUCGUCCUCGCUCGUCUCGUCCACCGAGGAAGAGAAGAAUAUCCGGAAGAUGCAACGUAAAAAAUGGCUCACCGCUGCUCUAGCAAGCGUGGCCACAAUCCACGCCGCCUCCAAAGUCUAUUCCUCCAUCGAAUCGCACGACAAACGAAUGGAACAGGUCCGCGCGGGCAAAAUGUCCCCAGAGGAAGCCCACAAACAACAACGUGCAUCUCGGUGGCAAGACGCCGCGGCCAUUGGCAUUGCGGCAUUGGGCCUCAAAGGUGCGGUGAGCGAGUGGAAUGAACUGUCUGAGGAGCACAGUCAACACAAGGAGCUGCUUCAGCAGAAAGAAGAACACCACAAAAAGCGUAUGGAACGCGAGAGACGCAAGCGGGCCAGGGAACGAGGCGGCUACUACAAGGGCCGAGACGGGAACUGGUACUACGACGGUCCCGAGCCACAGAGCAGUGAGAGCUACCGUGGGAGCCGUACCGGUGCAGGGGCGGGUGGCCAUUACGACGAUGAACGCGCAAUCAGAGACUCGAAUCGCGCGAAAAAGGCGUGGGAUGAAGAUGGCGAUCUCGAUGACUACAGCAGCAGGAGAUCCCGGUCUCGACGUGCGGUGAGUCGCAGUCGUGCCAGCGACUACUGA